GGAUUAUCUCUGGAACUCAAAGUCGUGCUAACGCGACCUGCCUUUUCCCUCUGUUAAUGAUUGACUAAGUGAGUCAUGGUAGCAGCGAUCUAAAGACAGUAAGGACAUGGAAAUUACGCAUAGAUACAUUUGAACUGAAGAGAAACCGAAUAACGCUUUUACCAUAAUAUGUCGACAGACAAACCAGAUAAAAAGAUGAAAAUGUACAAAUGCUGCGUAGUUUGCGGAGACCACGCUAACGGACUGCACUACAAAGUUAUGUCUUGUGAAGGAUGCAAAACAUUUUUCCGACGCAAUGUUCAACAUCGAGAGAAACUGAAGUGUGAAAUGGACACGGGUGGAGCCUGUGAAAUGGAUUUGUUUACUCGAAGACAGUGCCCGGCAUGCCGAAUGAGAAAGUGUUUAGACUCUGGGAUGCAAAUCAACCGAGUCUGGACAACUGAACGACUUGCAACACGCAAACCCAUUGUCAAAAAGAAGCCUAAAGCGACCACCUGCACACGAUCCCCAACAGCAAUACCAGAAAUUUCACAAUCGAUGCCGUCACCACUAUCCUCAGAGUCUGAUACAAGUUCAUCUCUCGCCGACAUCUCUUCUACUGUAUUGCCAACAUUUGAGUUCACCAAUGAUCAAAGGUGCCAGAUAGAUUACCUUGUUUCAUCACUGACUAAAGCACAAGGCAGUGUUUCCACGCCUCAGGCACCGAAAAGUAUCCCCAAGUUAAAGAAAGAAUCAACAAACAGUACAGUUCAAAGUACUCAGGCGUGCUCGACAACGAACGACGCCUCAGCUGAACACCCAAAACAACUAACGUCAGAGUUCACCAAAGAGAAGGUCAAAGGUAUAAAUUAUAGGUCAAAGGUCAGCGAAGAAGCAGCUGAAUCAGAAUAUGGAAAAAUAAACACUGAAGAUGAAGAUCUAGUUAAGAAUAAAGAAAUGUUUGAGCACUUCAUGGAAAUGCUGGUCAUGGUCUUGAAACAGCUGAUUGCGUUUGCUAAGUAUCUUCACGGAUUUCGGGAUCUCAGUUACCAAGAUCAGGCGAAGCUAAUCAAAUCUAGCCUGCUUGAAUGCAUGAUGAUUGGCGCGUCUGAAUGCUACUGCCCGGAAGAAGGUGGAUUUUUUAAUGAAGGGAAUGCACAGUUAUACGGGAGAGAUUUGCACAGAGAAGCAGGUUUUGAAAAUAUUUUAUCGGAAAUGGAGAUCUUUUCGAAAAGUAUGCUUGAAUUAAACCUGAACCACGAAGAGUACACACUGCUUUUAGCCAUUAUUAUUCUUACUCCAGACAGAGAAGAUCUACUGGAGCAAAAGAAAGUUGAAAUGUUACAACAGUCGCUAAUUGAACUCUUGCAAGCUUGCAUCCGGAAAUACCACAACAAUAACCAUGUCUUGUUCGCCAAGAUCAUUGGGAAACUGACUCAGUUACGCGACUUCAGCGAGCAAUAUACGAGUCAUAUCAUGAACUUGAAUGUCAAAGGUCAUAAACUGAAUCCAUUGCUUUCUGAGCUUUUUGAAUCAAAUAGCUGA